CCGGCGCUCCACGCCGCGUUUUAAGCGUCGAGCCACGCGCGCGUCGCGCUCGCGCCUUCCGCCAUGCAGGGCAUGCCCAUGGGCGGCCGCGCCGGGGGCGGCUACGGCCAGCAGCCGGGCAUCAUCCUGCUCCGCGAGGGCACGGACAGCAGCCAGGGGAAGCCGCAGCUCAUUUCGAACAUCAACGCCUGCGGCGCCGUCGUCGACAGCGUGCGAUCGACCCUGGGCCCCCGGGGCAUGGACAAGCUCAUGUACGACGGGAACAAGGUGACCAUCUCCAACGACGGCGCGACGAUCAUGAAGCUCUUGGACAUCGUGCACCCGGCGGCGCGCGUGCUCGCGGAGAUCAGCAUGUCCCAGGACAGCGAGGUCGGCGACGGCACGACGUCCGUCGUGCUGUUGGCCGGGGAGAUGCUCAAGCAGGUCAAGCCCUUCGUCGAGGACGGGCUCCACCCGCAGACGAUCGCGCGGGGCGUCCGCAAGGCCGUCGACCUCGUCUCCGCGCGGCUCAAGGCCAUCGCCGUGACGCCGCCCGAGGCCAUGCGGCGGAAGCGUCUGGAGAUCCUCGCGGGCACGGCGCUGAACUCGAAGCUCAUCGCCAACUACAAGGACCUGUUCGCGCCGAUGGUCGUCGACGCGAUCAUGGCGCUGGACACGUCGCUUCUCGACCUCAAGCUCGUCGGCGUCAAGAAGGUGCCCGGCGGCUCCGUGACGGACUCCUUCGCCGUCCAGGGCGUGGCCUUCAAGAAGACCUUCAGUUACGCGGGCUUCGAGCAGAUGACGAAGUCCUUCGAGAACUGCAAGGUGCUCUGCCUCAACGUCGAGCUCGAGCUCAAGAGCGAGAAGGAGAACGCGGAGGUGCGCAUCAGCGACCCCGACGACUACCAGUCCAUCGUCGACGCCGAGUGGCAGAUCAUCUACGACAAGCUCGAUUUCUGCGUCGACUGCGGCGCGAACGUCGUGCUGUCGAAGCUGCCCAUCGGCGACCUCGCGACGCAGUACUUCGCGGACCGGGGCCUCUUCUGCGCGGGCCGCGUGCCGGACCAGGACAUGGAGCGCGUCGUCAAGGCCACGGGCGCCGUCACGCAGACGUCCGUGUUGGAUCUGACGCGCGCGGGCGUCCUCGGCCGCUGCGCGCUCUUCGAGGAGAAGCAGGUCGGCAACGAGCGCUACAACGUCUUCACGGGCUGCCCCGCGGCGAAGACGGCGACCAUCGUCCUCCGGGGCGGGUCCGAGCAGUUCAUCGAGGAGAGCCACCGCUCCAUCCACGACGCGCUCAUGAUCGCGAAGCGCGGCGCGGGCGACGCGCGCGUCGUCGGCGGCGGCGGCGCGGUCGAGAUGGAGCUGAGCCGCGACCUGCGGGCCCAGGCGCUCGAGGUCCACGGCAAGGACCAGCUCAUCAUGCUCGCCAUCGCCAAGGCGCUCGAGAUCAUCCCGACGCAGCUCGCGAUGAACUCGGGCUUCGACCCGACGGACGUGCUCAACGCGCUCCGCAAGAAGCACGCCGACGACCCGGAGGCCAACCUCUGGUACGGCGUCGACUGCGACGAGCGCGACUCCAUCCAGGACACCAUGGCCGCGGAGAUCUGGGAGCCCGCGUUGAACAAGGCCAACUCGAUCUACGCGGCGUGCGAGGCCGCGUGCCUCAUCCUCAAGAUCGACGAGACCGUGCGCAACCCGCGGUCCCAGGACCCGGGCGCCGCCGACAAGUCCGGCGUGUCCCUCCAGCAGCAGCAGCAGCGCACGUCCGCCGCCAUGGGCGGCCGCGGCAUGGCGGGCAUGAUGGGCCGCGGCGGCCGCGGCGUCCGCCGCCUCAAGUAGGCGACCCCGGCCGCUCGUGUCGCGCCACGCCGCGCGCGGACGCCCCCGCCGCGACCUCGGGCGGGGGGGGUACCUCUUAACAUCCGACGACCCCG